CGCCGAGUAAAGCAGCGAUUGGCGGAGCUGCGCCUAAUUGCUACAUUCGUAAUCGGCAUCCUGUGCUCUCGGAUCGUCCCAGGUCCGCCCCGCCCCGCGAACACCUGCUGUUGCUCCAAAGCAGUGCGGUCGGAGCUCUUCAGGCUCAUCCCUUGGGAUUGCCGGCCAGGGACUUCGCAGCUUUCCAGCAGUUCGGAACUCCUUGCCUGCUCUUGAGCUUCCAGGGACGUUUGAUCGGUCGAAGGAGGAACAUGGACAACGGGGGAGGGAGCGAGCAGCAGCAGCAGCAGCAGCAGCAGCUCUUGCCCCGGCUAUGCAGUCCGGAGAAAGGGCCGAACGGCUACGGCUUCCAUCUGCACGGGGAGAAAGGCAAAGUGGGCCAGUUCAUCCGGUUAGUGGAGCCCGAUUCCCCGGCGGAGAAGUCCGGGUUGCGAGCUGGGGACCGGCUCGUAGAAGUGAACCGCGAGAACGUGGAGAAGGAGAGUCACCAGCAAGUGGUGAACCGCAUCCGAAACUCGGCGAGCGUGGUGCGUUUGCUGGUGGUGGACGCCGAGACCGACGAGCGGCUGCAGAAACUGGGCCUUGAGUGCAGCGAAGAUCUCGUCGGUGGGCUGCCGGAGGAGACGUCGGAGGCGAAGAGCGACGGCCCAGAGCCGCAGAAACUGGAGGAGGAGCGGAGGAAAGCGGAUGGGGAGGCAAAGAAUCACGCUGCCCAGCGGAAUGAGCUGCGGCCUCGUCUCUGCCAAAUGAAGAAGGGUCCCAACGGGUAUGGGUUCAACCUCCAUAGCGACAAGAACAAGCCAGGCCAGUAUGUCCGGGCUGUGGAUCCCGACUCGCCAGCGGAAUCUUCAGGGCUGCUGCCUCAAGACCGGAUUAUUGAGGUGAACGGAGUGUGCAUGGAAGGCAAGCAGCACUCGGACGUUGUUUCGGCCAUACGAUCCGGUGGAGAUGACACCAAGCUGUUGGUGGUGGAUAGUUUAGCGGACGACUUUUUCAAGAAGUGCAAUGUCAUCCCUUCUGAAGCCCAUCUGAAAGGCCCCUUGCCAGAACCAGUUGCCAAUGGUGAUGUGGAGAAGGAAAAUGAUAGAGAUGACCAGUCAGAGUCUGUCUCUGAAAGUCCUUCUAGCCCUGUGCCUGUGUCUCCUUCCUCAAGUCUAAUUGAGGCUCACAAUGAGCUCAACUCUCAAGACAAGGUGGAGCAACGCAGCUCCGUGCCUGGUCCCAGCCUCGAUCUGGACAUCCCGCUGGCGGUGGCAAAGGAACGUGCCCACCAGAAACGCACCAGCAAAAGGGCGCCGCAGAUGGACUGGAGCAAGAAAAACGAACUGUUCAGCAACCUCUAAAGCCUCCAGUCCCCCAAGCAGGGAGGAGAUGCGUGGGGAACAUCACCAAAUCCGCCAGAUCAUCUUCCUUGGCUUUUCUCCUAAGCCUCUAUUUUCCCAGGAGGGGUUAUUCCCACCCACCGACCCACGCAUCCCUUCCCCUCUCUUGACCUGGGGAAUAGGGACCUGACCUGUGUAACCUGAAGGAAAACAAAUGGUGUGAUGACCACCUGCACAAUUCUGGAGGAGCGAUUUGUAUUUUAAAAAAGAGAACGAAGAGACAUUUUUAUACACCAUCUACGAAUAGGUUUCAUGUGAGUCUGUGGUGAGAGUGAGGGGACUGGUUAAUCUGAGAGCCUGAAACCCAUGUGGUGUCCUUAUGAGAUCCAUGAUGGGAACUGUGGCUGCCCAAGUCCUUUCUCUGGGGAGACGUUUCUCUCUCUCUCUCUCUCUCUCUCUCUCUCUCUCUCUUUUCAAAUUCAAUAAGAUUUUUUUUAGUGAAAAUAUGUGUUUAGGGGCAAGGCUUUCAGGUGCCGAGUUUGACACCUUAAAGGGGCACAGUGUGGUGUUCAGCACUACUUAAAGGGCAUUGGCUCUGAGGAGACUGAAGCUAAACACCCCAAAUCAUGAGUCUGUGGAGUCUCAGCUAACUCACUUCAGAGAAAUCCUAUUGGGUGCUGAUUGAGCUAUUCCAGAAUAUGUACUAUAAAGCCUUUAGCUUUAGUUUAGAAUGGAGUUCUUAGAAAUUCUAAUUUGACUACCAGCAGAAAUCCUUUGGUGAUGUCUUCUCCACAAGGAACUGUUUUUCUCAGACCGGAGUUGUCCAUCCCUGACACUCCAUCCUUUUUGGGGGGCGGGAUAAAAACGCUUUCCUAUAUCACAACUGAUAGGAAGGUGUUUGUGGGACCACAAGACUCAUGAACAGAUGGCAUUGCCUCUCGUAUGCUUUGAAGCUUUUUGGAGGGUGGGUGGGAAGAGGAACCCUGGGAAAUAGUUCAGGCCGUGAGCCUGAGGGGUUUGUUCUUCUUUUGGCCAGAAAUCGGGAGGGAGAGCUUCAGGAUAAAUGCAAGUGACCAAAAGCAGCCAAGAAUAAUAGCCGGUUUUCAAUGUACUCCUAGAGAUGGGGAACCAAUCAGGGGGUUCAAUAGCAGUGCUUAAUUAACAGUUUAUCUAUAAACUGUUUCAUUUUCUGAAAUGUUUCCUAAUUAUAGCUCUCUUUCUCCUAUGUCUGUGUAUGUCGUGGAAAUUAUUCCUCCUCCGUGAAUUUUGUUUUUUUGUUUUGUUUUGUUUUCUCCUGGAUUGAUGUUUGUAAUGUCAAAUGCAAAAGAAAGAAAAUCUGUUGACUGGAAUGUGGGUUUAAAAAAAGCCACCUUGA